AUGGAGGAUGAUCCAGAUGUAAGACUCAGCAAGAGCUUAUCAAAUAUUUUGAGGCACAAAGCCGAAAAAUUUGGAUUUCGAUUUGAUGAAGGUGGAUUUUUAUAUGUUGAAGAUUUGUUACAUCAUCAGCAUUUUCGUGGUUACACAGUUGAAGAUGUGGAAAGGGUUGUAAAAAACAAUGAUAAACAGCGAUUUUCUCUCAGAAACCAUCCAGAGAGUAAGUUAUUGCAGAUACGUGCAAACCAGGGACACACUGUUAAGGUUGAAGGACUAGACUUAAAGCCAAUCACAGAUGCAUCAGAAUAUCCCAAUGUUAUACAUGGUACUUAUAGCAGGUACUUGGAUAGAAUCCGUGAAGUGGGCUUAUCCAGGAUGAGUAGAAAUCAUAUACAUUUUGCACCAGGAAUACCUGGUGAAGACGGAGUUAUUAGUGGAAUGCGCUGGGAUUGUGAUGUUUUAAUUGUUUUAGAUUUGGAGAAAGCAAUUAAAGAUGGAAUUGAGUUUAUGAUUUCUGCUAAUAAUGUAAUACUGUCACCCGGUGAUGAACAUGGUUGCAUUUCUUCAGAUUACUUCAAAGAGAUUAGACAAACAAACACAUCAAGACAGAAGCGUUGGUUAGGAAAAAACGAGGAGAAAAGUGAAUCAGACCAGAAGCCUCAACAAAUAAGACAGAAGCGUGGGUUAGAGAAAACCGAGGAAAAAAGUGAAUCUGAACAGAAGCCUCAACAAAUAAGACAGAAGCGUGGGUUAGAGAAAACCGAGGAAAAAAGUGAAUCUGAACAGAAGCCUCAACAACAAGCCCGUAGUGACAAGACUGGUAGAGAGCAAGACAUGUACUUAAAACCAAUCACUGACCCAUCAGUAUACUGCAAUGUAAUACAUGGCGUUUAUAUCAACAAGUGGCCAGGCUUCAAACAACGGGGCAUAUCCAGAAAGAAGGAACGUUACAUUAAUCUGGCACUUGGAGAGCCAGGAGAACCAGACGCGGAAGAAGUCUUUGAAGAUGUUCGUCGCAAGUUUGAUGUGAUGAUAUACAUUGAUUUAGAAAAAGCCAUGAAAGAUGGUCUCGAGUUCUUCAUAAGCCCCAAAAACACUAUUUUUUGCCCUGGUAAUGAACAAGGCUUAAUUUUACCAAAAUAUUUCAAAACAGCCAUAAGGAUAUCACCAGAAAUAGAAAAGCUUUCACUUGAGAUAUCAGAUAAGCCCAAGUGUGCGAAGAAAAAAUAG